CAUCGUCGUCUUCUCUCUCUCUCUGUCUCUCUCCCCUCUCGGUCUAGAAUCCUGUUUGCUGUUCACAACUCCGAAGGCGCCAUCCGAACUCAGGGUUGCAGAAACCCUCACGUUUCUCUCCCUGGACCUCCGCCGAAUCGUCACCGCCGGCCGUUUCAUCCGUUUGGAGGCGAUCUCUUGAUCAAUUCUUCCACGAAUAUUCGGUUACAAUAACUCCAUAGUGAUUCGUGUCCUGGACAGCAAUACGUGAUCGUUCUGGUUAUUGCUGGGAGUCAAAUGGAACUGAAAGUUUCAUAUCCUAAGCCUGGCAUUUCUUCCUCUGAUUAUGUUAGUGAUCCUGAGGAAAAGGAUAUUAGUGAUGACGAAGAUGAUGAUCGCAACCAUAAGCAUCGGAGGCGGGAGACACGCUCUCAAUCUUUGGAAAGAGACACUCGUGAACAUGUCUUGAGGCCAUAUGGAAAGCGUAAUAAACCUUUUGAAAAUGGACGUAGUUUUAGGGAAAAUGAAUCUCAAGCAAGUGAAGCUUGGAAAUCGUUUAAUACUCCCAAUUUCGAGAAAGACAUCCCUGGGAAGUUUGAUAAAAGACGCUUGGGUGCAGUGCCAGGUCCUCGUUUGACUGGGGAUUUCAAUCAAAGGAUAAGGGCAAACCAGACAUUUUCUGGUGACCUAAGUGCUGGUAGGGGAAGAGGAAGGGAGCCUGGCACUUGGAACCAGUUUGAUUCAAGGUUUAGUCCUGUUGAUAUUGCUUCCCAAAUUGUUCACCAUGGGUCUUUUCCUCCUAGUCUAUUUGCCGGACGGGGUUUACCAAAUGUUUCUACUGCACAAACUGCACCAUGGAAUGCAUUUGGAUUACUACCAGGAAUGCCGAAUAACGGGCUUGAAACGAUCCACUCCAUUGGUUUGCAGGGAACACUUAGGCCUCCAAUCAAUCCUCCUCUAAAUAUAGGAAUACCUCGCCAAAGAUGUAGAGAUUUUGAGGAACGUGGAUUCUGUCUUAGAGGUGACAUGUGUCCAAUGGAGCAUGGUAUUAAUCGCAUCGUAGUUGAAGAUGUCCAGAGUCUUUCUCAAUUUAACCUUCCUCUGUCACUUCCAAAUGCACACCUAAUGGGGAAAGCUACUGGAUCUUUGCCAGCAGUUAGCACAUCGUCCACGUCAGUAAUGAGUGGCAAAGGAUUGCUUGGAAAAAAUAGCAAGCCUGGUGUAGGAGAUGAUUCAUUGGGCUUUGGUGCAUAUUCAGGUUCUGGUUGUGCAGCUGAGGCUGACUUGUAUGAUCCUGACCAACCUCUAUGGAACAACAAUUGUCCUGAGAAAUCAAAUGCACUCUCAGCAAUGCAUUCAUCAAAGAUCGAUGAAGUUGAAUCCUUGAUGGGUGAUGAUCCUUCUGAUCGGAAUCAGGUUAGGAAAUGUGAUGCUGCUGAUAACGGAUGCACAAGUAGAACAACUGCAGCUAGUGGUUCACAGGUUACUAGUUCGUCUAUCUGGGGUAGAGUUGGGUCAAGAAAUAGACAGGAUGCAAAAGGGAAAGUUGAUCCAGUUGUAAGUUCCUCUGGUUGUCUUGAAAAUGAAGUGAAGGAACACAAUGAGGUACUAACUAGUGUUCAAGGAAAUUCCCAUCAACAAAAGCACAUGGUUCAGGAUGAUGCUCACACUAAAGCACAGAGUGAUACCAUGCGUACAAUGCGGAAGCCAUCUCAAAAAGCAACGCGUACUCUAUUUGUCAAUGGUAUUCCGCAACAGAGCAACAAAACAGAGACCCUUCUUUCUCAUUUUAAAAAAUAUGGGGAAGUCAUUGACAUUUAUAUUCCAGCCAAUAGUCAACGGGCUUUCGUUCAGUUCUCAAAAAGGGAAGAGGCAGAAGCAGCUCUGAAGUCACCUGAUGCUGUUAUGGGCAAUCGUUUUAUCAAGCUAUGGUGGGCUAAUCGUGACAGCAUUCCAGAUGAUGGUGUAGGCAGUAAUAAUGGUAUUCAUGUACCUCCACGGCAUAUUGCAGCUGCUUCACUUCCGUCUCUUGCUAUCAAAGGAAAGAACACUGGCCAGGUUCCCACUUCAAAGGUCAGCAUUCCCCAUUCAUUGGAUUCUUCUUUAGCUGCCGUGGAUCACUCUCAUGCUUUCAAUAGCCCCAAGGUUUCUUCUCCUUUGCAAAAGAAACUAGAGAAUUUGGAACAGUUAAAGGAGGAACUCCGAAAGAAGCAAGAAAUGCUAGCCAUGAAACGGAAUGACUUUAGGCGACAGUUAGACAAACUUGAAAAACAGACCACAGGAAACAAAGCUGAAGCAGUCAUUGGGUUCUCUGCAAAGCGGCUUAAAGUGGGAGUAGAAGCUGAUGUUACUAAACUUGUUACUCCAAAGGCCAGCGAUUCUGGUAUUGCUUCAGCAUCACCACAUACUGAGGUUAAUGGGGAGAAUGUUGAGUGCCCUUACCCUGAGCCAACUACAUCUACCGCACAACAGGAAUCCUCAAAGUUUGGGCUUGUUCAUCCAUUGGCAUCUAAAUCAGCUUUUGACAUUGAUACAAAGAAAUUGGACAGCUGUGCUACUGGAUUUAGAAUUGUUCCUCCUUUACCAGCUGAAUUUACCAAUGUGGAUGUGGUCAAGGAACAUUUCUCGUCGUUUGGUGAUGUUUGUACUGUCGAACUAGUUUCGGAAGAUGACAACCGCGUAUCAAAUGCAUCAAAUAACUGCUCAGCUAAUGUCACUUUUUUAACUCGUCAUUCAGCUGAAAGGGCAUUCGAAGAUGGUAAAUGCUGGCAAGGUCAGGAUUUGAAAUUUAUAUGGCUGUCUUCUAGUGGCAAAAACCCCGACGGCGCUUCUCCAGAGGCAUCUCGAGAUGCAGACAUGGAGCCUGAAAGCGAAGCAGAAAGCAUUGUUUUCAAGGAAACCCCAAGAGACGAAGAAGAAUCCGAGAAUUCAACACGAGACAAUGAUGUCGAGCCUUCGGAAACAGGUAAAGUUUCACCAGUGAUAGAAAGCGAGACAUGAUUGAAGCAUUUUUACGAUUAGGAGGCGUUUUUUUUGGGAGCAUUUUUCAUGCCGAGUUAAAAUGUAAAAUUAAUGGAGGUUUUUUUUUCUUCCCUUUUUUUAUUAUUUAGUUCAGGGAAAAACUGGCUUAGCAAAUGUGAAAAUUUGUUUUUCAUUUCCAACCCCCCUCUUACUGCAUUCAUGUAUAAAGAAAAGGAGUCUCUGAUUCCCAACUUCUACCAAAGAUAUUGAUUGAAAUAGUUGAUUGAAUCAAAUAUUAUUUUUUAGGUUAGUUUUUAGGAGCAGACAUGAAAUUAGUUUUAUAAUUACUUUUGUAUUCAAUCUCCAACCCAAUUUCAGAGUCUUGAUGUAACUAUUACAAUAGCAAUCCCAUUUUUUUCCUCCCUAUAACUUGUGGGGCUAAGAACCAAAAGAGGGUUUGGCUUGCAAUUUUUGCAA